GAUCGUGAAUUUUAAAAAAGAAACGUUUGAAUUAAGUAUAUAUAUUCCUAAUAAUUGUUUUAUUGUCUCUGACUAAUAGUUGUUUACUAUACCAAAUAUAUUAUUUAUCUGUGGUCAAUUCUGGGUCUGUGGUGUGCAAAAAUGGCAUUUAUAAUUUGAUUUAAAUUUCAGGAACAGAUUUUUUCAAUUGGGAAAUUACAUGGGGAAACACUCUGCGUGGCGAAAAACUGCAAAAAAAAUUAGAAGAAAGCGAAUUAGACAGGCAAGAGCUCAAGAUAGGGAUAAAAAACUCGCCGAAGAACAGAAGAGACUAGAAGAUUCUCCCGGCUAUAAAAAGUGUCUUGAGGAACAACAAUUUCUUGAGCAAAUACAAGCUGAGGAAGAGGCAAAGCAAGCAGCUCAACGAAACUCAGAAUGGUUAAAGGUGGAAAAAGAAGCGCAAAUCCAAUGGCAAGAAUUGCAGAAAAAAAUUGCUUUAGCGCGGGAAGAAAAGCAGAAACAGAAUAUGAAGAUAAGAGCAGAGUGGGAAAGGGAACAGAAGAAAUUGUUAGAUUUGAAAAGAAGGAAAGAGAAAGAGUUGGAAGAAGCAAGGAUUUUGCAAGAAAAGCGAGAUAGUGAAAUAUUAAACUUUUUGGAAUGUGGAGGCAGUACCCCAGAACAUUUAAAGACUGAGUUAGAAUCUAAUCCUGGCAAAACCACCUGUCCAUUUUUCAAAAAAACAGGGGCUUGUAGAUUUUUUGAUGGUUGCUCAAGAAAUCAUGUUCGACCAGGUGUGAGUAAAACUAUUUUGAUUACCAACUUUUAUUCCCAUUAUAGCUUGGUUACAAAAGAAAAUGAACAUGGUAGUGAUGGAAGUUUGGAAUAUGAAAAAGAUGAGACAUACUCUCAUUAUAGGGAAUUUUUUUAUGAUGUUGUGUCUGAAAUGGAAAAAUGUGGAAAGAUACUACAGUUUCGGACUUGUUGUAAUCAUGAACUUCAUCUACGUGGUAAUGUUUAUGUUGAGUACUCCACCACAAGGGAAGCACUUAUUAGUUAUCGAAAAUUUAAUGGAAGGUGGUAUGGUGGAAGACAAUUAAAUGUGCAAUUCUGUCAAAUUGAUAGUUGGAAAACUGCAAUAUGUGGUCUAUUUCAUACCAACAGAUGUCCGAAAGGUAGUUCUUGUAAUUUUUUACACGUUUUUGUCAAUCCACAUAACCUUUACAAUUUUUUGGAUGACCAUGGUCAUAGGAGCAAAAAAAGGAAAGCCGACAGGGAAAAAAGUUGGAACUCACCAGACAGGAGCAAAUGGAGAUGGUCCGAGUCACCUGAAUUCCCCCGAAAUGGUUUUGCUUCGGAUGAUGAUGGUGGAGAUAGGGAAAGGAAAUGUGAAAAAGUGUAUAAACAUAAAAGUGACAAAAAAUCCAACUACUCUAGGUCUAGAUCCAGAUCAGGCAAUAAAGAGUCGAGGUUAAUAGUCAGAAGCAGAAGAAAAAAAAAUCCAACCCGGGAUAGCAGAUCAUCCAAAAAAUGAUUAUUAAAAUGUAAAUGUAUAUAUUUAAAUGCAUU